AAAAAGCAAUGCUGCCAAUUAAUUGGACAAAUUCUAACAUAUUAUAACCUUGGCAAUUUCAAUUCAAAACCGGUAUACAAAUACAAUUAUACCUACAUCUUUAUCUUAUAUUAUUUGAAAGUACUGUAUGUUAAUGGAUCAAACAAGAUGGAAAAAUCUGAUGUGGAAAAUGUAAUUAUCACGGAUUUAAUAAAAUGUAUCAAUUUUGCUUGUAUUAAACAUAAAGAUCAACGCAGACAAGAUCGUCAAAGAACACCUUACAUCAAUCAUCCCAUAGGUGUGGCUUUCAUCCUCACCAAUGAAGCUAAAAUAACAGAUUUGGCAGUGAUAAAGGCAGCAGUUCUUCAUGAUACAGUAGAAGAUACUGAUACCACUUUGGAAGAAAUAGAAAAUAUCUUUGGGAAAGAAGUUAGUACAAUUGUUGCUGAAGUAACUGAUGAUAAAACUCUUCCCAAAGAAGUACGUAAACAGCUUCAAAUCGAUCAUGCUCCAAUUAGCAGUGAAAAAGCAAAAUUAGUUAAAUUGGCCGAUAAACUGUAUAAUCUGAGGGAUUUGGAAAGAGCAACACCCAUGUUUUGGUCACAACAGAGAAUUCAGGAAUAUUAUGAAUGGAGUAGGAAAGUUGUAGAAGGAUUGAGAGGAGUUAACACCCCGUUAGAGACUGAAUUGGAUAAAAUUUUUGCUACAAAAUUGAAGAUUUCUGAAGUGCCUAAAGAAUGAAAUACAAUUUCAGUGAAUGGACAUUUAUUAUUAUAUUAAGACAAUAAGUUUUAAACGGUGUUAUGGAGCUCCAGGAUUGAGGUGCAUAGAAAUGAGCUAGUAAAAUGCAAAAUUAAUUAAUUUUUAUUUUAUGCAAAUUGUUAUAUAAAUUAUGUACAAAUAUGAAUACUUAAUAAAUAAAUAUAUUACUCUAUAUCUUA